AUGUCGCUGUUCAGCGCACAACUGCAUCCCGGUCGAGCUUUGGGCUUUCUAGUCCUCGGCGCCUCCCUCCACGAUGUCCUGACCCGGCUCAAAGCCGAGCCGCAGCGGUUCCCCAAGAUCGACGUCGUGCACUCAACGGAAAGGCCUGUUACAGACCCGGUCUGCAUUCUGCUGCCACAAAACGGCAUGCGACUGCGGUUCGAUGGUCCCGAGCAGCGGCUCCGGCUUAUUGAAAUCACCGACUUUACAAAGAACCACAUCACAUUCAAAGACCGCGACCUGGUACGGCCGGCAAACAGCACGUCGGAGCCCGGGUCGCCCAUCCCCGGCGAGUCCUCCUCCGGUCCGACAUUUCGACACAUAUACCAGCGACUGCUAGGCCCGACCUACGCCGGCGAGUUCAUUCCGUCGUCAAGCGGCGGUCAGGGCAUGGGCAUCUACGUGCUGUCGUAUCCCGGAGUGGCUUUCAACUUUCCCAUGGCAGCUUCCGCCUACUCUCCCGACAAGGACGUCGUGUCUCUCCUGUCGGCUUCGUCCAGCCAAGUAGCGACGUCCAUGGCCGUGUUCAGUGGAGAAUCCUGGGCCGAUGCGAGACCCACGCUGUGGACGGAAGUGCUGCCCAGCAUCAAAUCGUCGACUGUGUUUCCGAGGACCAAAGAGGUGUACCCUGAUGAAGUGUCCCUCGUUCGAAUCCAUGGAGGAGGCAAGCUGCAAAUGUCUCGCAAGUGGACCAAUAGCGGCUUUUUCAUUCAACUCGGCCAGACGACGCCUCAAGAGCUGGUCAUGGAACUGGGACCUCCAAAUGCCAUCUAUCGCAAGAAUGAUGAGAAAAUGGACGUUCACCAAGGGCGGAUACCAGGAGCUGCGAGAGGGAGAAGCGAUGGCGCCGAUCCAGGUCGCGCAGACGAGGCCAUCACGGACACGGACCAGUCUUCGAUGAACACUGGCUCGGACGAUUCCGAUAACGAAGAAGCCAUCGACGAGGAAAUCACAGUGAACCCUUCGGGAGAAUGCUUUUACAAUUACUUUUACAUGGGUUUCGAUGUGCUGCUCUCGAAGCCGACAGAGCCAUCCCAGGCACCACCUGGCCAGCAAAACGGGUCUCCGGAUCCUGUCGCCGUCAAGAUGCACCACCCUGAUCGGCUGGUGGUGACCAAGAUUGUUCUGCACGGAAACAUUCCGGGAUCCUACGAGUUCAACCGCCACAGGCGCUGCCGCUGGGAGAUUGCCUACCCCGGGCGGCAGGACGAGGCGGUGACGUCGGAGAUGGAGUUUGAGCACGUCGAGGCGCUCAUGAACAAGACGUGGGAGAGCGAGCUGCCGAACGGCAAGUCCCAGGCGCGACAGCGGGGUAUGGUCCUUAAUCGGGGCUGGGGCGACAGUCCGGGAAGCAGCUGCGAGUUUCUGGGCGGAUGGGAGGAGAGCGGCGCGCGGCGGGCCGAGACCAACAGCGACUCGACGACGACGCUGUACGGAUUUCCGGGGCUGGUGUUUGAGGUGCUGAGGAAUGGCUACAUUAGCACGGUGACGAUUUUUUGA